AUGUCAAAUUUGACAAAGCUGGAAUUCGUGGCCCUGGAUAUUUCUGGCAAAAAUUAUUUAUCUUGGAUUCUGGAUGCUCGGAUCCAUUUGGAUGCCAUGGGCCUUGGAGACAUAAUUAAAGAAAACAAUGAUGCAUCAUUGCAAGAUAAAGCAAAGGCCAUGAUUUUCCUCCGCCGCCAUAUUAGUGAGGAACUGAAAACUGAAUACCUCACUGAAAGAGAUCCACUUUGUUUGUGGAAUAAUUUGAAAGAAAGAUAUAAUCAUCAAAAAACAGUCAUCCUCCCAAAGGCCAGGGCUGAUUGGCUGCAACUGAGGUUGCAAGAUUUUAAAACUAUGACUGAAUAUAACUCUGCUCUAUUCAAAAUCAGCUCUACAUUGAAAUUAUGUGGUGAUACUGUUACUGAUGAACUUUUGCUAGAAAAAACAUUCACCACAUUUCACGCCUCGAAUGUACUCUUGCAACAACAAUAUCGAAAGCGUAGAUUUAAAAAAUAUUCAGAGCUGAUAUCAUGUUUACUGGUGGCAGAGCAAAAUAAUGAGCUUUUAUUAAGAAACCACCAGUCCCGUCCAACUGGAUCGACACCGAUCCCUGAAACAUAUGUUGCCUCAUCCCGUAGUCGUGGAUGCGGACGUGGACAUGGUCGUGGUGGUAGCAAUGGACACAAUAAUGAAUAUGGUCGUGAUAAAAAUAACUACCACAAUAAUGACUAUGGCUGUGGUAGAAAUCAUUCUUAUUACCGUGAAGGAUAUCAAUCCUUACAUUCACGCAAUCAGAGAUCCACACCAUAUCCUCAAAGGAGAGAUCAUAAUGAAAUGAGACAAGUAAAAGGAAAGGAUAUGGCCCAACCUCCCAAAGUACAUGAUAAUACUUAUUAUCGGUGUGGCAUGACAGGGUAUUGGCAAAGUAUUUGUCGUACACCGAAGCAUCUGGCUGAUCUUUACCAAGCCUCAAUGAAAGAAAAGGGAAAACAAAAGGAAAUGAAUUUCCUUGAUCAUGAUGAGCCAGUUGACACCACAAAUCUGGAAAUGAAUUUCAUUAAUCAUGAUGAGCCAGUUAACAUCACCAAUCUGGAUGUAUCAGAUUUUUUUUAUGAUCGUGAUGGAAGGAUAGACUUCCUGAUUGGUGAUGGAAAUGUCCACACCAGUUAA